GCUGAUCGUCGCUCGUCAACUAUGCGCCACGCGUUGACAACACAGCACGAGUUUCACCUUGUUGUGAACCCAGUUGGACACGAAACCGUCGGCAGCAGCAACAACAACAACAUCGAACCGAGAUGCCGAAAUAUUGUUCGGUUCCGAACUGCAGGAACGACUCCGGCAGCGGCAGCGACAGGAAAAGCUUCUACAAGUUCCCUCUGCAGGACACGGCCCGGCUGCAUCAGUGGCUGAGGAACAUUGGACGGGAGAACUGGACUCCCUCUCGACACCAGUACAUCUGCCACGAACAUUUCUCACCUUCGUGCUUCAAGGUGCGAUGGGGUAUCCGUUACCUGGAGAAUGAUGCUGUGCCCACUGUCUUCCUGGAGGCCGAGAAACGGAAAGCUACUGAUCUCUGUGAGAAGAAGCCAAAGCGGCUUCGAGCUGACGGUGAUGAAAGCGCGACGGUGUCGGAUGACAGGACGGAGGCUGUCGACGCUGCAGAGAUGGAGAGUUUGUUGCACACGGUGCACCUGUAUGAGAUCACUGUGGAUCCAGCGCAGCAGGGAGAUCCCAGCCUGGCGGAGUCCAUCGAUGUUGGAGAAUCUGACCGCUCUCUCCAAACAGACGCAAACCCGCUGGCAUCGGUGGACGCGUUCGAAACGGUGGCCAACUUCCCUUUGACUUUAUUCCAGACAGUAAGUGAUUUAAGUCACAGUGGAGAGAACGCCGAGGUGGUGGUGAUGUCUGAAUGCCCUGCUGGUGAAGGGCAAGAUGAGCUGCUGAAUGGAAUCAUUUUAACUCAGGGCCAUGGGCUGGUCCUGAAUGAAUCCACGAUCGGCUGUGCAGACGAGGCCGUGGCUUCUCUCUGCGUCGAAGAUUUGACUUGUACCACCGAGGAGCUCUCAGACGUCCACGAAGGCCACGAAACUCAAGUCAUUGCGUACUUCGAGACAGUACCAAGCGUUUUCCCCAGUGAAACCUCCAAACACAUCACCGUCUUUCCGGACACCGUGCUGUCGUCAGCUCUGAGCUCCAAACCCAUCACAUCCACUCUGCCCAUAGUGUCCAAACAUGUGCCGCCUUCCUCCACGUCCCUGGUCCUCACCGUGGAGAGACUGGACACAGACGAGGGAGAGGGCGACGACGGCCAGUCAGAGGACGACGGUGUAGAGCAGCUGGAUCACCAGCUGGAGGAGCACUGCUACCACAGGAACAGUCUGAGUAAGGAGCAGCUGGAGGCGAUCGUGUCGGAGCUGCAGAAGAAGGUCAAAGUGCUGCAGCAGCGACACCGUCGACACCUGGAGAAACUCCUGGGACUGGAGAACACAGUCAGCCAGCUGAGACAAAACAACAUGCUGAAUGAAGAGCGACUGCAGCUGCUCGAGAGGGCUUACAUACAGACCAGUGCAGCAGUGUCGGAUGCCGGCGAGACCGUCGCCAUCAUCUAUGAAGAGGACGAUGCUGCGUACCUGUACACACCGCUGAACAACGUAGACGAGAAGCUGUGAGGCCGGACUGACUGCGACCCACUGUGCCAAAAGAGAUGUGACUAAUUCAUUUGGCAACUAAAUGCUACCUUAUUUUUCUUUUAACAAAAUGGCAUCUAUGUGUUAACAUGUAGUAAUGUUUGGAUAGAUCUGUGGUGAACUUUGCACUAAUGUGGAUGAUUGAUAAGGGACAAUGUUGAAUGUGUGUGUGUUUUUUCUUUUUUUUUUUAUGGGUUUCACUCGUUACCUAUUUUUUCCUUCCUUCUACCACUUU